AUGAACUCUUCUCGUAGUGACAAGUGUCCCACUCACACUUUCUUCUUCUCUCAUUGUGACACAUGUCUUCUUUUUGCAUGCACAAAUGAGUCACUCACUCCAUUCUCUCACUCCAUGUUCCACUCAACUCUCGGCCGCGCUCCGUACGUUCACGUACCGGCCGAGCGUACCGCGCAAGCAUCCCACGGCCGAACAUUGUCGUCCGUGGCCGAUCACAUGCGCUCAAACGUUCCUCCAUCUCCUCUCAUGACCAUUUUCUUGUCUAGUCAUGCCCUGGGCGCUUGCCCGUCACGCCGACCCGCGCAUCCUGUACGUCCGUACAGCGAUCCGUCCGGCUGA